GCCAGGUCACACCCCCAGCCCGGGGGAGCAAACCCCACCCAGGCGAGCGUCAGGCUGGGUGUGGUUGGUGUCCGCGCAAAUAUGCACAGCUCGCCCGUGCUGGCUGGCUGCAGCGGGGCUCCGGCUCGGCCCCGGGGGAGCGCCCCCCCUUGGCAAUGAGCGGCUUGGCCGCCUGCCUUCCCCAGCGCCCUGACUCUCGCAUGGGCCCCUCCGCCAGCCGGGCGCCCAACCCACGGGCUGUGCCGGCGGCAGCAGGCACCGGCUCCCAGGGGCCCGCCCGCCCAGUGAGCGGGGGAUGAUGCCCAAGGAGAAGCCGCUGUGGAAGGGCUCCGCGUUCCGCCUCUGCCUGCUCUCGGCCGCGGUCUUCCUGUGCCUGCAGCUGGGGCUGAGGCGCUCCUGCGCCCCGGCGGAGAAGGCGGGAGCAGAUGCGGCCAGGGCUCUGCCCGCCCGGGGCACCGAGCAGCGCCUAGGGCCGGCCCGCAGCAGCCUCAAGGAUAAAGCGGAGGUGCACCUGGCGCCGGGGGCGGGGCGGCCGGAGGUGGCGACCGCCAGCAAGAGGCGGGUGACCUACCUGAGAAGCAGCCGCAGAAGGAGCUCGGAGCCCGCCUGCUGCCCCCUGCAGUCCCUGGGCAGCAGCCGCAGGAAGACUAUACGAUGGCACAUAGACCUGCAGCCUUGGGCAAGUCCAACUCCUUCCCUGAAUUAUGAGGCCUUGAGGUUCCUGAAGUAUAUCACUACGCCUCAGAUUUCAUGUGAACAUAUGAAUAUGAACAGCCUGACAGAUAACUCUAAAACCAUAAACAAGCCAUGGUCAAUCUGUCUUGAUGACAGUUUCAGUUUAGUUCAUCGAAUCAAAAGCAAGCAAUGCCGUCUCUAUUCACUUGGACUGAGCAGUGAUGAUAACCAGUUUGAGAUCAGCAUGGCCAACAGUGGAUGUGAGGUGCAUCGAUUUGAUCCUGGUAUCAAAUCAGCUCAUAUUCAGGAGGGACACCACCUCUGGAACCAUCGCCUGUCCAUUGACUGGAGAGAUCCCAAUCCGGCAAUUGCUGCUCAUAAACUACACAGCCAUACAAAAAAGCUUGGCACCAUCUUGAAUGAAUUUGGACACCAGAAGAUUGAUGUCCUCAAGGCAGAUAUGGAAAGUGCGGAGUGGAAAAUUUUGGAAAACCUGAUUCUGGAAGACAUUGUUGAACAGAUAGGACAAUUGGUCUUUGAAGUCCACAUUCAUUGGCCUGGAUUUGAGGUCAGUGGCAAUGACAGCACGGUGGUCCGAUACUGGUACAGUCUUCUCAAAGAAUUAGAACUGAAGGAUUUCAGGCUUUUUCACACUUACAAAGACUUAUUGAAACCACAGAUGUUUCUGAAGAAGGAAGCCUUCAAUGCAAGUAGCUGUUACACAUUAAGCUGGGUGAACACAAGAUGGAAGUAGCAUAAAGGAAUUGAUGACAUGUAAUCAUCCCACUCAACAGCAUUAGUGAAAAGGACAUUGGAGCAGCUGACAAAAAAGUUACUGAACUUGCAAACUGAGGCCCUGCUAUCAAAAUGAACUGUUUUUCUGUUUCUCAGCAGUAUUGCAAAAGCUGGAUGUUAUCAUGCUUUGCUUCUGAGUACUAGAAAGAGAUCUGGUGUUGAAAUUGUUUUGUACAGUGCAUCUUCCAUGGUUACAUUGAUAGACUUUAUUAGAAACAGAUGUGAGACUUUCUAAGUGUUUGUCUAAAGCGGUUAACAGUUCUCCACACAUGGCUGUGGAUUGACCCCAGCCUCCCUAAAGGUCAGCAAAGACAGUUUGCCUACUCUGUCCCUGAAAAUUCACUGGGAGCGGCUCUAGUACAGUGUACACCAAGAGACGCUGCUGAAAAAAAAUCAUUGAUCCAAAUAAGUUACUCUCAUAAAUGAUUAUGCUUAGACUAGCACCUUUUAGUACUUUAAAAACACUCCCGUGAUAAUUAUGGCAGAUUGUUGUCUUCCAAUCAACAAUUACUUAAACAGGACAGUCAGUGGGAAAUCUAGUCAAUUUAAAAAAAAAGGUGUUAUGUAUUUUCAGAUACUACACCUGCUCCUGAAUGUAUAUCCAUGCCAGCUCCUACUCCACAUGCAUUCUUCACUCAAAUCAGUCCCCCUUCCAAUGGCUAACAAGCUGAAAUUACUCAACUGGCCCAUCCAGGUCUCCCUCAGAAGCCCAACUGGCAGGCUCAGUAGGCCCAAGCAAUAUAUUUUAAACUUCCCAGAAAAGUCAUUUUCCCGUCACUUUACCAGAAACAUACUAAAGGCGUGCAUGGUUUAUGUGAACAUUUUGAAAACUUUAGCCCAUCCAAUACCACCCAUCUGAGGGGGGUUAGGAGAGAAUUUAUGUAAUGUAUUCCCAUUCAACUUUGUAUUAAAAUAAAAUGCACCCAGUCUCCCUUGCUUUGGUACUUCCCCUUCCUUUUCCAUUCUUUAACUUCCUUUACUUUCCCAUUUGCCCAGAGUCUUGAUGUUUCUCCUCUCCCACUCAUUUUUCUGUCUGUCCGCAAUUAAUUUUACUAUGUUUAAUAAGAUUUUCCUCAAUCAUUCUUUUCCUGGUUUGUUCCUUUAAUUCUUUCUCUCUCCCCUUACAAGCCUAGUAUGUCCUUCAUUCCUUUGGGCACACACGUCUUCACAAAAUCCCUGCUGCGCUGCUACACCACACACACUGGCAUGCUAUACAGACCUACCUUCCAAGACUUGGAAAACAGAGGAAGUGUAUGUGCCAUUUUCCUAACACUUGUAUACCAUACUAAAUGGAUGCCCUGCUACACAAUUUCCCCAGAUCCAUUAACUAGUCCCACACAAAUACAUCAGUCAGUUCUUCCCCGCCCCACCUUUCUGGCUCCUCUUACAAGCAGCAUCUUCUCCAGUCAAGAUGGAGCAGCAGCCUGCUCAGCUCAAUGUGAGGAUUCUCCUCCUCUUCCCUUCCCCUGCUGCUUAAUACUGCCUCCCUUGGCUCCUCCCCCAGCAACCUCCAAGCCACCCAUUCAGAACAUAGGAAUUACCAUGGUGGAGCAGACUAGUGAUCCAUCUACUCUUUAGCACAAGCCAGUACUAGAUGCUUCAGUGGAAGAGGCAACUUCAGUCCAAGUUGACAAGUAUGGAAUAACUCACAUCUCCCUCCCACCAAGGAAUUUUCUUCUUACUCCCGUCAGUGAGAGGCUACUUGAUGCCCUGAUGCAACUGGGUUUCUCACUUCCAAACAUUUAAAACAGGUAAAAGAAGUCCUUGCUAUUUAUGUGGCUAAAUGUCCAGUUCUUUUUUUGACUCCAAGUUCGUGGCUUCAUUGUUAUCUUAUGGCAGAGAGCUCCACAAGAGGCUGGGGCUUCCAGACAGAUCAAUGUAUAGAGGAUCCAGUUCAAUUUCCAUUUCUGUACUAACUUGGGUCCAGGCAGCAGAGCUCCGAUGUCAUGCUGAACAAAUCCCUGAAUAAACGCUGUAAUUACCAAUUGUCUCCCAAGAACAA